UUGGACUAUACUUACUCAAAACUUGCAAGGUAGUUUCUUACAGAGGAAUAUGGCUUCAGUUUCUCACUAUUGCCUGCUAGUUCUGGUCUUUCUGGAUUCACAUGCAGCUCAGCCGUCCUGUCUAUCAGGAUGUACCUGCUCAGAGGACAGUUUCGGCAGGGCUCUGCAGUGCAUGUCUACCUCUUUGGGAAUGAUCCCAAGGAAACUUCCUGAAGAGUUAAAGCGGUUGAGAAUUGAAAAUUCACCCUUAUUCGAACUGCCCCAAGGGUCCUUCAUCAACAUGAGCACGUUGGAAUACCUUUGGCUUAAUUUUAACAACAUCACUGUGAUACACCUAGGAGCCCUGGAGCACCUGUCAGAACUGAAAGAGCUGAGACUGGAGGGGAACAAACUUCGUUCAGUGCCAUGGACAGCAUUCCAAGCCACCCCUCUUCUGAGGGUCUUGGAUCUCAAACACAACAGGAUUGACGUGCUCCCUGUGCUGGCUCUUCAGUUCUUGGUCAAUCUGACCUACCUUGACCUAUCCUUCAAUAGGCUUACAGUUGUAUCCAAGGGCGUCUUCUCGAACUGGCUGGCCUACCAGAAACCCCAUCAGCCUGGCUGCGGAGCCAGGAUUCACUCCAGUUUGGUGCUGGCACUGCACGACAACCCCUGGCUAUGUGACUGUCGCCUGAGGGGACUUGUCCAAUUUGUAAAGUCCAACAGCAUUCCGGUCAUCCUGGUGAAUUCCUACCUGGUGUGCCAACACCCUCUCUCCAAAGCAGGGCAGCUUUUUCAUGAAACUGAGCUCAGUGUUUGCAUGAAGCCACAGAUCUCAACCUCCAAUGCCAGUGUCACCAUCCAGAUGGGACAGAAUGUGACCCUGAGAUGCCUGGCACAGGCCAGUCCCUCACCAACCAUUGUAUGGACUUAUCCUCUGAGCAUGUGGAGAGAAUUUGAUGUGUUGACCUCAUCUACUGCAGAAGAUACCGCUCUGUCGGAGCUGGUCAUACCUGCUGCCCACCUGGUGGACAGGGGUAAUUACACCUGUGUGGCCUCCAACUCCAUCGGCAGGAGCACCCUUGUCAUCUCCCUCCAAGUCCAGCCUGCCCAGACCCUGUCUGUGCCCCAUUCUGCCUUUUUCCCCUCGGAUGGCAAUGCCUAUGUUGACCUGAGGGUCGUCAAGCAGACAGUGCAUGGGAUUCUGCUGGAGUGGUUUGCGGUGGCUGACACCCCUGAGGAGAAAUGGUUCACCCUCUACAUUGCAUCAGAUGAAACACUCAAGAAGGAGGUGGUCCACAUUGGCCCCGGGAUCAACACGUACGCCGUGGAUGACCUCCUUCCCAGCACAAAGUAUGAAGCAUGCCUCAGCCUGGGGGGCCAGCCCCCACGCAGGGGCCGGUGUGUGGUCUUUGUGACGGGCAGAGACCAUGGCGAGCUGGAGGGACGGGAGCGCCUCCUGCACAUCACAGUGGUCCUGUGCGCUGUGUUGCUGGCGGUGCCUGUGGGCGCCUACGUCUGGGCAGCCCAGGCCCCCUGCAGCUGCAGGGAGUGGGGGCUGCACUGCUGUCCUCACCGCAGGAAGGCUCCCAGGUGCCCCCGUGCUGUGCCACAGCACAGGGACUGCUCCUAUAGAGAGCACAUAGCUGUCUGUGAGGACCGCCUGGGGCACAGAGACGAUGAAGGAGAUGAAGAGAAAGAUGGAGAGGAAGACAGGAGCUGAACAGCUCAGGCUGGGGGCAGGGGGUGGGGGGAAGCAUGGUCCUUUAAUCCCUAAACCCACCCUCUGUGGCAACUCUACUUGGCUUGACCCAUUCAUUCAAUAGUAUUUAUUGAGCACCUACUCUGUUCCAGGCACCGAACUUGACAAAAUGAUCAGGUAGACACAAUUCUUCACAGAAGGGAUGGCAAUGGAGCUUUGUCCUGUCCAAAUAGUUACCUUAUUAUACAUGGUGACUGGAAAUCAAUAAAUGUUACUCUUUCCAUAUAUAUAGCUCUGUAACAUUUACACAUAACAUUUCACAUGUGUUAUCCUACUGGAGAAAGGUAGAAUUCUACCCCCCCCCCUUUUUUUUUACAGGUGAAGAAGCUGAAGCCCAGAAAGUUACUUGUGUACCAUCACCCAUCUAGCUGCUGGUGGAGGCACCCCCUGACGGGAGCUCGAAUGCCAUUGUUUCCUCUAAAUGUCUGUUUUGCAAUAUUCUUGUGUCUUCCAUUGUUCAGAAAGUAUUAUUCUUCCUCUUACUGGAAAACUCCCAAUGAGAUCACAUAGGUUUGAUAUUCCAAAGAUCUGCCCUUUGGGGCAGUGAGAGCCCGGUGGGUGAUGUGACUCUCUAUUUGCGGGUGUCUGUGCUCCUGUGACCAGUCCUUUGGUGUUCGUGAGAGCCUGGGGCCAUCAGCACUGAGGAACAGGAAACUGGCUGUAGCCCAAGGCUCAUGCUCCAGUGGUUGUUAGAAAGUAGAGUUGUAUUCCCAGAAGGAAUAGAACCUAUAUAAAAAUCAUAUGACUAUAUAAUUAUUAUUAUUGUUAUCAUUUACAAAGGGAGGCUACAGAAUCCCGAUUUGUACCUAGUCUGUGACAUCCUGAGUUUCAGGCUUGUUUUUUUAGCCCCGUGUCCCUAGCAUCUCAGCGCUGAGCACAACAAAUGUUUGCUACAUAAGUGAUGACAUAACCCCCACUCCCUCCCCCUAUUGUUUCAAGCUCUCCUGUUAAAGCCCUGAGAGCUGAUUGUCUCCUCUUAUCUGGGUGUACGUGGGGUAGAGGGUUCCCCGUGAACCCCAGAGAUAGCUCAUUGUCCCUCCGGGCAGCCCUGCUGUUGCUAAUCUUUCCCAGGGUUUGAACCCACAUCUGUCUUUUGCAGCUUUUCCACUAGCCACAGGAAAAUCCCCUGGAGCCUGUUGAGUAUAAACUGGCCUCCCUAUGACAUCCCUAGAAAUAUUUCCUCCCUCCUUCCCACCUUCCCCACCAAUUCUUACUCUUUCUUCCAGGUCCAUUUCGAGUAUCACUUCCUCCAAGCCUUCAAAAAACAUAACUACAAAGACAUUAUCACACCUAAGAACAUAUAUUUUAAAAUUAUAUAUGUGCAUAUAUAGUUAUAUAUACAUAUGUAUAUAAACAACACAUUCAUACAUGUAAUGCAGAAGAGAAUUUGUUCAUGAGAAAUUUCCCGUGAUAAAUUUUGAAGACAAGUGGUCAGAGCAAAAGGCAAGGGCUUGUACUUCUGUUGGCCUCUGUGUGUUUUCUUCCAACAGCAUCAGAGGCUGUCCACAGGUCUUGGAGGGUACAGCAAUUAUGAAGGAGCCUGGGGCUACCAUGAAGGCAGCAGUAGGUGUUCUGGCCUCCACUCCUAGCAAAGAAAGCUUCAUGGCAGGCACGGGACAGAAGGGACAGGAAGGGAAAAGAGGCCAUGGAGGACAAGUAUAAUACAGCAGUGAGAAUCAGGAGUACCUCAGUGAGCAGGGCCAGUGUUCAUUCAGCCACUCCUAUGAACAUGGAAAUUUAGGCAGAGGGAACAAGGUCUAGAGAGGAUUUCUGGGAAUCUGAUUAGUUUAACACCCUUAAAGAGACCUUUUAAAAAUUCCGAGGGUAAAGAUGCAUAUUAUUCAGAUCGAUCAGGCUAUGUGACAGCAGAAGAGGGACACGUUAAGGCACAGACCAUGGAACUCAGUUUCCUGGGCUUAAAUUCUUACCGGCUUUGUGACGUUACGCAAGUUACUCUCUUUUUCUGUGCGUUACUGUCCUCAUUUGUAAAAUGGGAAUAAUAAUACUACCUACCUCAUAGGGGUAGUAUUUCCCAAUGGUUAAUGACUUUUCACAUGGAAAGCUCUCAGAACAAUGUCUGGCACACAAUAAAUGUCAUCACAAUAAACAUUAACACCAUUGAAAGCA